UACAGGGGACAGUAUGGCGGACAGCGAAAGUGAUUUGGAAACAGACGGGCUUGAAUUAGCUCUGGACACGUUGUGUAAUAGACACUGCAGCAAUCAGUCGUCUCUGAGCAGCAAAGGCUAUUGCUCUGAGUUUUGUGAGUUAGUAGAGGAGUACACGGGGCAAUGGCAAGUUCCUCUCCCUCAGCUGAAAGUGCUGCGGACUGCACUGAGCAGUUUCACCAAAGCCACUGCUGCCUUCCCUGAUGACUGUCAGCACAUUCACUAUGUUCUCAGCAGUCUGGCCUUGAGCUUCUUUGAACUGAUGCUGUUUUUCAGCAAAGAAGAAUUUGUGGAGAAGCCUUUAAAAGACAUCCUUGAUUCCUUUCAGGUGUGCCACUCUCAGCUCCUGAGGCACAGGAACAUCUACCUUCAGCAUGUGAAGCAGAUCGUCAAAGUAGGAGGCCCGUGGGAGAAUCCAGUGUUGCAAGGAAUCCUGAAGGAGGCAGACUUGCCACUAAAAGAGGUUGAGGACUACUUAAGCUCAGAGUUGCCAGUAUUCUUUGAGCUGCGGGUUCGCUAUCUGCAGGCCUGUGAACGAAUGCAAGAGGCCAAGGCCCUGGCUAAAAGCUUCCUGGAGAAUCGCGAGUCUGGAAAGCAUCUGUACUUCCAUCAGGCCUACCUGACCUGCCUCUACAAGGCCUCACUGCAUGAACACCUUCACAAGGAGAUGGCAGAGAUCAAUGGCCGUGAUGCAGUGGAGAUCAUCUGCAACACGGAGAGUGUUGAAAAAGAUGAACUUCUAUUGUCACUGUGUAAAGCUUUCCUUACCCAGCAGCUACACAAUGGAGACAUGUAUUACAUCUGGGACCUGGUUUUUAUCUGGAGCAGGUUGCAUCUUAGGGCCCAUCCCUCCCGACAAGGCUUCUUGGCUGAGUGUUUCCAGUUGGCGUCCUCCGCCACUAACGUCCGAGCUAUCUUCCCCUUCAUCAAACUGGUCACCACAGAGCUGGGGAGUGAAGGAGUCCAAGUCUGUGUGGAGCUUUGUGCCAGGGCCUUGCAGCUAUGUGACAUGGCGGCUGACAGUGUAACCCGGUCCUUGGUCUGCAAGACAAUUGCCUUCCUGCUGCCUCAUGACCUAGAGAUCUGUCGAGCAUGUGCCCUGCUGGUCUUCUGCCAGGAACGCAGCCUGGAAGCUUACAGAACAGUCUGCCUGCUUUACAUGCAUCCUGACCAGGAGCCGCAUCCCCACAACAGCCCUGUCCGAACCAAUGUUCGCUUCCAUAUUCUGCAGAUGCUCAAGGAGCGCCUGUGUUUUGACCCUGAGUUUUGGAACCUCCUGACCCUCAGGACCCAUUGCUUGGAGUUAAUGAGUGACAAGGUCAUGAAAGCUGCUGUUCUCAGUGAGAUGGAGGAGGAAGAGGAGAAAGAACACAGUGAAGAGCUGUUAAUGAAUAAUUGUGUAAAUGACUUAUGCACUCAAGGUUUCAAUUCCUGCCAGUGCACUGAAGCUGCAUUUGUGAACCUUCCAGAAAAGCAGAGUACAGAGGGAAAGACAGAAAAGUGUGUUCCCCCAUCAGAUAAUCCUCUUCAGAAGAGGAGGAAAUGGAGUAGGAGGCUGCGAAGGAGAAAACAAUCUAUGUCUGAUGAUGAGGCCGACCUUGGUGAUGAUCCAGAGAUCAAAUACAAUCUCAAAUCCACCUCUUUAGCCAAUAACCCUAUGUAUUCACUAAGACGCAAUCACACUAACAUGGAAAAUUCUGCUUCUGUAAAGCUCCCUCUAAACCGCAAGAGAGAAUACUUGUCUAGAUGUGUGAAGAGCCAGAUUUUGAAAAGGAAAGGUCAGAAGAAAAGAUGGUUGCAGGGUCUUCCACGGCUGGAGCAGGCGCAGACGGUUAAGGAGAAGAAGAUCAAAGUUAAAGGGAAAAAACGGGGAAGGAAGCCUUUAUCGAAACUGGAACUCUCCUUCCCUGAUAAUGAAAUAUUACUAACAGAGGAGGAGUCUGGUUUUGAGGAGAUAACUGACACAGAAGACAAAGAGCAGGAUAUGCCUCACCUGGAAAAUGAACUUGAACAAACAAGGGAACUUCAUGAGAACCAGCAUGAGCUGAUGGAUGAUCUUGUGAAGGAAAAUGGACUUGAGGAACAUACUGACAUGGUCUGUGGUAGUAGUCUCAGUGAAGAAACCCGAGGGGAAUCUCAAACACUGUUAGGUCCCAAGCUUUGUGAAGGUCUACCUAGCGGUCCUCAAGCUGCUGUUCCUGCUGUUGAAGCUGACCCUGAACUUGAUGGUCCACCUUUAGAGUUAUUGGAUUGUCCGAUAAAACGGUUACACAGCUACUCCAAAAAGCCUGACGGACCUCCAGAAUCUACAGCAUCAGAUGAGCUUAAUGGCAGCACUGAAGAGGAGCCCAAACUCACAGUGGAAACAGAAGUGUCAAACACAGAGGUGAUAGCCAAGAGAACGUGGAAGGACAAAGUACUCCGUACUCAACAAUAUGCUCACUUGAUGUACCACUGCAAGUUCUGCCACAAAGACUAUAAAGGCUUAAAUGUUAUGAGGCACGCUCUCUCACACCUUAAGAGUAGGAAACUAAGAUGUAUACUCUGUGGAAAACGCUUUAAACAGUUCCCUUUUGCCAAAAAGCAUAUCCUGGACCACAUUGAUGAAAUGUGCAAGCAGAAACUGCCUGAUAAGGAGCCAUGCACUGAGGACACUCCAGCUGCUAAUGGAAUAGUAGAUAAUGUGGAAAAUCAGAGCCAGCCUCAGGAUGAAAAGCAGACUUCCAUCGUCAAUGAGGAAAUUCCUGAACAGAAACCCGGAGGCAAAAUUAAAUUGUCAAGCCUCAAGAGGGAAGAUCGAAUUAUCAGGAACCUCCGCACCCUCAUCAAAAAGACAUCAGUGGUUCACAAAAAGUGCAAGAACCCUAACGCAAAUAUAUUCAAACAGCUAGACUUUAAGGAUGAGCAGGUAGUCAUUAAAGAUGGCCUGGUGAUGGUAAGAGAUCCAUCUGUGCUGGAGGAGGAGGGAGAAGGAGAGGGGAAGGAGAAGCCAGCAGGAGAAAAUGGCUAUGGUGUGGACAUCAUGUAUCACUUGUGCCCCUCAGAGUCCUGUGAUAGAGUAUUCUUGAGGAUCAGCACCACACUAACAAAGCAUGCUAUCAAAUGCCAUAUUAGCGAAGAGAAGGUGCUGGAGAAGACGUUUGUUUGGGCCAAACACAAGUGCUCCGUAUGCCUCAGGCAGAUACAGUUUCUCCAGCAAUAUAAGGACCACAUGAAGCUCCACGAUACUUCUCUCCAGCACUUCUGCUACCAUGUAGAGUGUAACCAGCGCUUCUUGACACAGCAGGAAUUAAAGGACCAUGUCAAUACACACCAGCCAUUCAGACCUCAAUGUUCGUUCACAGACUGCGAGAAGCUAUUCUCAAACCUUCAAGGUCUGUAUGACCACGAAUGGAGACACUAUGUCCCAGCGCCUCAAAGAGAAGAGCUGGAAUCGGGACCCAGCAGACAGAAGCAGCAAAAUGCUGAAGCUCCGUGGAAGCAGAGAGUCAAGGUGGAGGAGAUAUGGCUGCAGGGUAAAAAGGGGCAAAGGGAGAGUCCCAGCCUUGAUCAUGAUGAGGCCUCUAAUCUUGAGGAUUUCAGGGAAAUUAACAAAACUGAAGAUUGGCCUGGUGAAGCAAAUGUCAGCAGCCAAGACCUGUUAAAAUCGGAUAAUUGUUCAGAGAAAACAGUCAGUUAUGAGCCCACGGACGACAGCAAAACCGCCAUCAACGGAUAUGAGAAUGAGACAACAAACCAAGUGUCAGAGGGAAAGAUCUUCUCUGCCCAUAUUAGUGCUGCCGCAGCAACUCCAAGUAAGAGCUGUCGAAGGAAAAGGACACCCAUCGAGUGGGACCCCUUGAAUGUCCGAGACCUUGAGGAUUUGUCCACGAUGGCUGAGGGAGUCCAGCAGAAACUGGGAGAGCCACACAUCACUGAGCACAAAACCUUCAAACCUGAAGACCCCGUCUAUGCGACUUUUGUCAAAGCCCCGUUCAUCCGGCCGCCACCCUCCACCUACCUGGAUGAAUCUGUGCUCUCAAUGCGCAAGAGGAGGACCACAGUUGACGCUGCUCCGAAGCAUAAUGUUUACUGGGCCAAUAAAAAAAAGAAAGAGCCGGCCCCAGAAAAAGAGGAGGUGGAAGUUGUGUCACCUGAGCAGAAGAUCAGGCAUCGCUGUGACAAAUGUCUUUCCUCCUUCAGCAGCUUGGAAGAAUUACAGAAACACCAAGCCCUUAACACCUGCUCUGCACUCUUUGGCUUCGAUUCUGACGAUGAAAGUUAGUGCUAAGGAAGAGGAUCUGUAACUGGAGUGACCAUUGUACUCUGCCACCUGGCUCAGGACAAGCAUUCAAGACAAAGGAACACUGGAACCCUUUCUUAAUACUCAGAUACAGUACUUAUUUAAUUGUUGAAUACCAGUUUGUAAACAAAGAGGAAAUAUGUGCCAAAAUGGUUAAUUGGAGGACUUUUUGUCUCCUAAUUUCAUUGAUAGAAGCAAUAAACAAUCAUUUUGACAGCUAAAACUAGUUCCACAUCAUCAGUGUGUGCUUAGUCACGUAGGUAAGUCCCAUGACCCCCCCCUGUCCUUUCAGCUGAACUUGGUACAGCUACAAAUAUGAAUGACUUGUCUAGAAGCCAUUUUUUUUCAAUUAAGUUUGACAUUGACAAUUGCAUAACCAUUUCAAAUACAGUCAGGUAAAGAGCCUGAAUGAACCCAUUUAAAAAAAAAAAUCAGAUAUGAACAAAAUCUUUUUUGUGGAUCAGUUGGAUUUAAAUAAUUUCACUGUCAUCUGUUUUAAGCCUCAUUUUUACAAAAAUUUAUAAUUAUUUUUAUAACGAAUUUCUUUCAUGGGCAACAAUAACUUAUUUUACACUCUAAAUAAUCUGUUUUGGGGAGAAAAUGGGUUUGCAUAAAGGAUCUUACUAGUUUUUGCUCAUUCCUUGGUGGCAGAGGGUGUCUCAUCACACAUUAAUGGCUUCAGCUUAUGAUUUCAAAAUCCUAUCCUAUUAGAGUAUGGAUUUUACACGCAGUAUAUUGUAAGCAGUGUUUGCUGUAUGAAAUACAUACCAUGUUAACUGGUGGAAAAGAGCUCAUUGCCCUUUCUCUUUAGCACAUUUCCAUUAUUGUAGUCUUCCAAAUGAGUCAUGUUGGGUUUUGGUCUUUGUCGAGAGGAUGUAUACAGAGCUAGAGGUGACAGUAGGCAGCAGACAUGUGGUGGUUGUGUCCUCUUUCUACAUCUCUAAGUUAAAUUAUGUGUUUUCAACAUAAUCUGUGUGAGCUGCUGUUUUUGUAGGCAUUCAGGAUUGGGUUUGCCUUUUGUUAACUAGUCUUCUACUCAUGUUAUGACAACAUGAAUCAGUCUGCCUUCACACUGUAACACUAUUAUUCUGUACAGUAUAUGAAUUAUGCACAAUUUUAGUAGUGCCAAAACAGAAUCAGUGUUAGACUGUAGGUAAAGAUAAACAUUGGAACCAGUAACACAGUACCAGUUUGCGUUGAAUUUCAAGAUGUUAGCGUUUUCAUUCUUGGGCCGUUUAACUCCACGACCAUACAUUUCAGUAUGUAGAAUAUUUCACAUUGGUUGUUUAUGUAUAUACUUUUCAGAUGGUUGAUUUGUUUAAUAACUUUUUAAUGUAAUGUUUUUAUGGGACUGUGCCCUCAAACUUGCUUAUUUAUUUGUAAAAAUGUUAAUAGACUGGAUUUGUAAAGGUGAUGAUUCCCUAUCUAUUUUUCUUAAAUAAAAAUUGAUUCAAUUUGUUUGAAUAAACAAAUCAAACUAAAA